AUGGACAGAUGGAAAUCAAGAGUUGUAACUUUCAUCAAGUGUGCGAAUCCAGUGAAUUCAUCUCUCUAUGUGGAAACUGCUCCAUGCAUGAAUAGUACUACUGGGGGAGCUACUUCUUUGUCCCAACCGAGAAGGUAUAGCUACGUCAUCGUGGGCCCAACAGCUGCAUGGGAUUUGGAGGAGGGGUGCAGUAUAGGGUGGACAGCUAUGGCUUCCUUGAAUGAAAAAGACCGAAACGCUUCUUAUAGUCGCAUACACAAUGCUCUAGUGUACAGCUUUGAGCUUCAGUACAGCACAGUAAACGUAGUGGAAAUCAGUAAUUGGAAUUAUUCUAAUACCCAUGUACUAGUAAUCAGAUGGAAAAAAAAAACUAAAAUGAUUCCAAUACCCAUUCCUGAUAGUAAAGAUGAUGGUCCAUCCCUCUUUAGUGAAGGAGACAUGUGGACAUGA